UCCCUUCCCUUCCGCCAGUGUUCCCAGCCCAGUCUCUCAGUCGCCAUGAAGGUCGCCCUCGCCGUGCUCUGCCUCGCCGCCGCCGCCUCCGCCAGGAUGGCCUACCAGCUCCCCGACGGCUUCCUCGACAUCCUGGGCGGCGACCCCCAGCAGGUCUUCUCCUGCGACAACCGCGCCUACGGCUACUACGCCGACGUCGCCAACGGCUGCAGGAUCUUCCACGUGUGCGAGCCCAUCGCCGACGAGCUGGGCGCCGUCGUCGAGACCGCCCACUACUCGUUCGUGUGCGGCAACCAGACCGUGUUCAGCCAGGAGUCCCUCACCUGCGCCCACCCCGAGGAGGCCUUCCCCUGCGACCAGGCCGAGACCCUCUUCGACCUCUCCAACGCCGACUUCGGGAAGAUCCCCGUCGACAUCUAAGGGACACUUUCCCUCACCCGACCGUCCCCUCAUCCGAAAUCCCUCACCGAUAUCUUUCUCAUUUAAUCAGCAGGACUGAACACCUGAGAUGUAUUUUCUGAAUAAAAAAGAAUGAAUAUAUGUA